GGAACUUCUGUCAUUUGUCUGAUUUUCGGAUACAUGGAGCUCUGGCUGCUCUGAGAAAUCAUCCUAUAAAUCAUGUUCACAAGGUGAAGAGUCGCAUUUGGACAGAUUGAGUAUGGCACAACUGACCCAACUGUUCCUAACCUCAGUCCUAGAGUGCCCUUUCUAUAAGGGUCCCAAACUAUUUCGUCAAUACCAAGUGAAAUCAUUUCUUACUCCAUGCUGUUCCCUGGAGACCCCUGUGGAUUUUCAUCUUUAUAAAUCUGUGAUGAUUGGACUGAUUGACCUUUUAGGAGCAAGAUCAUAUUUUGCUUCAAAAGUGUUAACACCCUAUUGUUAUACGAUAGAUGUUGAAAUUAAGUUAGAUGAAGAAGGAUUUGUAUUGCCGUUCACAGUUGAUGAAGACAUCCAUAAAAGAGUAGCACUGUGCAUUGAUGGUCCAAAAAGAUUUUGCUCUAAUAGCAAACACUUACUAGGAAGAGAAGCUAUCAAACAAAGACAUCUACGAUUACUGGGUUACCAAGUUGUUCAGGUCCCCUAUCAUGAGAUUGAGGUGCUCAAGUCCAGACAAGAAUUGGUGGAGUAUUUACAAAGCAAGCUCUUUCCUCAAAACUCCACUGUUCAUUGGUAACAAGGAAGAACAAUGGCUUUAUGUCUCAGAUAGUGAAAGGACUUAUUUUUAAGAGACUUAGUUUAAAAAGAUAAUUUGUGAAUUAACCAUUUUGCAGAAUUAUGUUUAUAGACUGGUGCUCUGAGAAUGCUCAGAGGUUUUCCUGAUACCAUGUAUAAUUUUAUGGGUGGUAAACUUAAAAUUAAUUUAUUACUAGUGUCAUAGGAAUUUUUAUACCUCAAACAGAAUUGAUCGAGUACAAUAAAGGAAUAUAAUGAAUA